AUGCCAACACCUAUUCAGACUGCUAUUGUUUAUCAGGGGGAAUCAAGCUCUAAUUUUGAAAAAGCUAUGAUCUCCCAACUUUCUUUACAAGUGAAAAUAACUCAAUCUCGGGGAGAAAGAUUGUCUAAGGUUGAACAGGAUGUGGUUGAUAUAAAGAGAUUUAUGGCUUUGGGUGGUGAUGAUGAUGACAUGAUUAUUAGUGACACCCCACCAAACUCUCCAAAUGAUAAUCCUCUUCCACCUCCACGCCCAUUAUCACCAUCUCAUCCUCCUCGUCGUACUCCUUUACCAACUCCAAACUCUCCUCCCCAAUAUGAUGCUGCCAAAAAAGGGGAGAAUAAUCAAGAGACUUUUGAUCAGCAAAUGCAAAUGGUGGUUAUCGCAUCAAAUCCAUCUCAGCCUGAUAUGUUUGAAGUUGGAAGGGUUGAAACUGAUUAUCAAAAAUAA